GAAAAAGGCUACAGUGGAAAAAAUUAAAACACUUCAGUUGUUCAGUUUUGAGAGAAAUUCCUUCUGAUUAACAACAAGUUGUGCUUUUUGUUAGUCUCCUUUUUCAAAUCCAGCUAAAGAACUUCUAUAAUAUUACUAAACUAUUUUAAGCAAAACACAAAAAACUUAAAAAACAAACAAAUAUGUCUGCAAAACUUUUUACACGUGCCGAAGUAACCAAACACAAUACGAACAAGGAUUGUUGGUUGGUAAUCCACAAUAACAUCUAUGACGUUACAGCAUUUCUAAAUGAGCACCCUGGUGGUGAAGAAGUCCUCCUUGAACAAGCUGGCAGAGAUGGCACAGAAAGCUUUGAAGAUGUUGGACACAGUUCCGAUGCCCGUGAAAUGAUGAACAAAUACAAAGUUGGAGAACUGGUGGAAGAAGAACGCAAAGUUGUAACCAAAAAAUCUGAACCUACAUGGACACAAGAUACAAAAGAGUCUGAAGCGUCAAUGAAAUCAUGGCUGCUGCCUUUGGUGCUAGGUCUUGUUGCUACCAUUGCCUACAAGUUCUUCUUUUCUAGUUCACAAUAAACAAAAAAAAAAAAAGAUUAGAGAACUUGCAACAAAUACAUAUUAAUUUAAUUUUUGUAUAAACCCAUUCCUAACUGUUUGCACGUACAUAAUUUCUAUGCCUUUCCUUAUUCAAUUUUAUUUUUACAAUUUUUGAAAUUGAAUUAAAAAUCUUAUUUUACAAAAAUUUUAUACACAAAAAGAGGAGCUUAUAAUUAUUACAGCAAUUUAUUUCUACCACUAAAGUUGAUAGUAAUUAAAGAUAUAGUUUUAUUGUAUUGUUAUAAUUAUUUAUAACAUUACAAUAAAUUGAUAAUUAUUAUAUGCAUUGGCAAUUUAUGAACAAAGUUAUUCAAACAAAAACAAAUUUGUAUAAAUAAAAUAAAACAUAGUUUAAAUUUGUUACAAAAAUAUUAUAUUAAAAUAUAAUUAUUAUUGUAAGACAUUAAAUAGUUUUUGUUAUCGACAAACUAGUUACAUAGCCUUAGGGUUGAAUGUUUGAUAUUUUAUACAUGAUAAAAUAAAUAAAUAAUGUUUUCUUUACUGAAAUACUGGAAUACUGCUUUUGUUAGCAUUUAAACAAAAUUAAAAUUUUAAAUGAUACAUAUACAUAUUUUAUGUGUAUGCCUUUGUGUAAUAUUGUAUACUAGUGGUGGGUAAGAAUUUUUAAUGAAUAAAAGCAGUAAAAUUUA